AUGCACUUAUGCCAGUCCCCUGCUGAAGCUGCCACUCUGGUCUCAAGAGGACUUAAGGACCUGGAACUAGACACACCUUCCAUUGAGAAACGCUUUGCCUAUAGUUUCCUUCAGCAGCUUAUAAGAUAUGUGGAUGAAGCCCAUCAGUACAUUUUGGAGUUUGAUGGUGGCAGCAGAGGCAAAGGAGAGCAAUUCCCAUAUGAGCAAGAAAUCAAGUUUUUUGCCAAAGUUGUGCUCCCUUUGAUUGAUCAGUAUUUUAAAAAUCAUCGCCUGUAUUUCUUAUCUUCAGCAAGUAGGCCUCUCAGCAGUGGUGGCCAUGCCUCUAAUAAAGAGAAAGAAAUGGUGACAAGCCUGUUCUGCAAACUUGGAGUUCUUGUCAGGCAUAGGAUUUCACUGUUUGGAAACGAUGCAACAUCAAUAGUCAACUGUCUUCACAUACUGGGACAGACCUUGGAUGCAAGGACUGUGAUGAAAACUGGUCUGGAAUCUGUUAGGAUGGCAUUGAGAGCAUUUUUGGACAAUGCUGCUGAGGAUCUGGAGAAAACAAUGGAAAAUCUUAAGCAAGGCCAGUUUACACACAGCAGGAACCAGCCAAAAGGAGUUACACAAAUCAUUAAUUAUACCACAGUUGCUCUCCUGCCAGUACUAUCUUCAUUAUUUGAGCAUAUUGGACAGCACCAGUUUGGGGAAGAUUUGAUACUGGAAGAUGUUCAGGUCUCUUGUUACAGAAUAUUGGCCAGUUUAUAUGCUCUGGGAACCAGCAAGAGUAUCUAUGUAGAGAGGCAACGAUCAGCACUAGGAGAGUGCUUGGCUGCUUUCUCAGGCGCCUUUCCAGUGGCUUUUUUGGAAACACAUUUGAACAAACAUAAUAUCUACUCAAUCUACAAUACCAAGAAUGCGAGAGAUAGAGCAGUUCUCAAUUUGCCAACUAGUGUAGAAGAGGUUUGUCCAAACAUUCCUUCCUUGAUGAAGCUGAUGGAAGAAAUAGUGGAACUGGCAGAAUCCGGUAUUCGUUACACACAAAUGCCACAUAUCAUGGAAGUCAUACUGCCUAUGCUGUGUAGUUACAUGUCCCACUGGUGGGAGCAUGGGCCAGAGAACAAUCCUGACAAGGCUGAAAUGUGUUGCACAGCCUUGACGUCAGAGCACAUGAACACUCUGUUGGGUAACAUAUUGAAAAUCAUCUAUAACAACCUUGGUAUUGAUGAAGGAGCCUGGAUGAAGAGAUUAGCAGUGUUUUCCCAGCCCAUCAUAAGUAAAGCGAAGCCACAGCUCUUAAAGACACACUUCCUUCCACUGAUGGAUAAACUAAAGAAAAAGGCAGCAGUGGUUGUAUCGGAUGAAGAACAUCUAAGAGCAGAAGGCAGAGGUGACAUGUCGGAGGCUGAACUGCUCAUCCUAGAUGAGUUCACCACUUUGGCACGGGACCUCUAUGCCUUCUACCCUUUGUUGAUUAGAUUUGUGGACUAUAACAGGGCAAAAUGGUUGAAAGAGCCCAAUCCUGAAGCAGAAGAGUUGUUCCGCAUGGUGGCUGAAGUUUUCAUUUACUGGUCAAAGUCUCAUAAUUUCAAAAGGGAAGAGCAGAACUUUGUGGUACAAAAUGAAAUCAACAACAUGUCUUUCCUUAUCAGUGACACCAAAUCUAAGAUGUCUAAGGCAGCAGUUUCUGACCAGGAAAGGAAGAAGAUGAAGAGAAAAGGUGACCGCUACUCUAUGCAGACCUCUCUCAUUGUGGCAGCACUGAAGAGAUUGCUUCCAAUAGGCCUAAACAUUUGUGCUCCUGGAGACCAAGAGCUAAUUGCACUGGCCAAAAAUCGUUUUAGCAUGAAAGACACUGAAGAUGAAGUACGAGAUGUCAUCCGCAGUAAUCUUCACCUUCAGGGCAAGCUUGAGGAUCCUGCCAUUAGAUGGCAGAUGGCACUUUACAAAGAUUUGCCAAACAGGACUGAAGACUCCUCAGAUCCAGAGAAGACUGUGGAAAGGGUCCUUGAUAUAGCUAAUGUGCUGUUUCACCUGGAACAGGUUGAGCAUCCUCAGCGGUCCAAAAAAGCAGUGUGGCAUAAGCUGCUGUCUAAACAGAGGAAAAGAGCAGUAGUGGCCUGCUUUAGAAUGGCACCGUUGUACAAUCUGCCAAGACACCGAGCGGUCAAUCUCUUUCUUCAAGGCUAUGACAAAUCUUGGAUUGAAACAGAAGAGCACUAUUUUGAAGACAAACUGAUAGAAGACUUAGCAAAACCUGGAGAGGAACCACCAGAAGAAGAUGAAAGCCUUAAAAGAGUUGAUCCUUUACAUCAACUUAUCCUGCUAUUCAGUCGAACAGCCUUGACUGAAAAAUGCAAACUGGAAGAAGAUUUCCUGUAUAUGGCUUAUGCUGACAUUAUGGCAAAGAGCUGCCAUGAUGAAGAAGAUGAUGAUGGUGAAGAAGAAGUGAAGAGUUUUGAAGAAAAAGAAAUGGAAAAGCAAAAACUUCUGUAUCAACAAGCCAGACUGCAUGAUCGUGGUGCUGCUGAGAUGGUUCUGCAGACAAUCAGUGCAAGUAAAGGUGAGAUGGGGCCAAUGGUUGCAGCAACCCUAAAGCUAGGAAUUGCCAUCCUAAAUGGAGGAAAUUCUACUGUUCAGCAGAAAAUGCUUGACUACCUCAAGGAUAAAAAGGAUGUGGGGUUCUUUCAGAGCCUUGCAGGUCUUAUGCAGUCCUGUAGUGUUCUUGACCUAAAUGCAUUUGAACGUCAGAACAAAGCAGAAGGCCUUGGCAUGGUGACUGAAGAGGGAUCAGGAGAAAAGGUGAUGCAGGAUGAUGAGUUCACCUGUGACCUCUUCCGCUUCCUUCAGUUGCUUUGUGAAGGACACAAUUCAGAUUUUCAGAACUACCUGAGAACUCAAACUGGUAACAACACAACUGUUAAUAUUAUAAUUUCUACUGUGGAUUACUUAUUGAGAGUUCAGGAGUCCAUCAGUGAUUUCUAUUGGUAUUAUUCUGGGAAGGAUGUUAUUGAUGAACAAGGACAACGAAAUUUUUCCAAAGCCAUCCAGGUUGCAAAACAAGUUUUCAAUACUCUCACAGAGUAUAUCCAGGGGCCGUGUACUGGUAAUCAGCAAAGUCUGGCACACAGCAGGCUGUGGGAUGCUGUAGUUGGUUUCCUUCAUGUGUUUGCCCACAUGCAGAUGAAGCUCUCUCAGGAUUCCAGUCAAAUUGAACUAUUGAAGGAAUUAAUGGAUCUUCAGAAAGAUAUGGUUGUCAUGUUGCUGUCUAUGCUGGAAGGUAAUGUUGUGAAUGGAACUAUUGGAAAGCAGAUGGUCGAUAUGCUUGUGGAAUCAUCAAACAAUGUGGAGAUGAUUCUGAAGUUUUUUGAUAUGUUCUUAAAAUUGAAAGAUUUGACUUCCUCUGAUGCAUUCAAAGAAUAUGACCCUGAUGGUAAAGGGAUAAUUUCAAAGAGGGAUUUUCACAGGGCAAUGGAAAGCCAUAAGCACUACACUCAGUCUGAAACAGAGUUUCUGCUGUCAUGUGCUGAAACAGAUGAGAAUGAGACUUUGGACUAUGAGGAGUUUGUGAAACGAUUCCACGAGCCUGCAAAAGACAUUGGUUUCAAUGUUGCUGUUCUCCUGACCAACCUGUCAGAGCACAUGCCCCAUGAUACGCGCUUGCAGACUUUCCUGGAGCUCUCAGAGAGUGUGCUGAAUUACUUUCAGCCUUUCCUUGGACGUAUAGAAAUCAUGGGCAGCGCAAAGCGCAUUGAACGAGUUUAUUUUGAAAUAAGUGAGUCAAGUCGGACUCAGUGGGAAAAACCUCAGGUCAAAGAGUCAAAGAGACAGUUCAUAUUUGAUGUUGUAAAUGAAGGUGGGGAAAAAGAAAAGAUGGAGCUUUUUGUUAACUUCUGUGAGGAUACCAUCUUUGAAAUGCAACUGGCUGCCCAGAUCUCUGAGUCAGAUCUCAAUGAAAGGUCAGCCAAUAAAGAGGAGAAUGAGAAAGAUAAUCCUGAGGAAGAAGAUCCUAGGAUGGGUUUCUUCUCUCUCGUGACCAUGAAGUCAGCUUUAGUAGCUCUCAAGUAUAAUUUAAUGACUCUUAUGAAAAUGCUCAGCAUGAAGAGUCUAAAGAAACAAAUGAAAAAAGUGAAGAAAAUGACCAUGAAGGACAUGGUCAUGGCUUUGUUUUCUUCCUACUGGAGCAUUUUGGUGGGCUUACUACAUUUUGCUUGUAGCGUUGUCCGGGGCUUUUUUCGCAUCAUAUGCAGUUUGCUGCUUGGAGGAAGCCUAGUAGAAGGAGCCAAGAAAAUCAAGGUGGCUGAGCUGUUGGCUAAUAUGCCAGAUCCCACUCAGGAUGAAGUGCGUGGGGAAGAAGAAGAAGGGGAGAGGAAACCGACGGAAGCUGCAUUGCCUGCAGAAGACUUGACGGAUCUGCAGACUCUAACAGAAGAGAGUGAUCUACUCUCAGAUAUAUUUGGUUUGGAUUUGAAAAGAGAAGGUGGACAGUAUAAAUUGAUCCCUCACAAUCCAAAUGCUGGUUUGAGUGAUUUACUGAGCACUCCCUCCUUAGCCCCAAUGCCCGAGGUACAGGAAAAAAUUCAGGAGAAGGUGAAAGAAGAUGAAAAGGAAGAGAAAGAGGAAACAAAAUCAGAACCUGAAAAAGCUGAAGGAGAAGAUGGAGAAAAAGAAGAGAAAACCAAGGAAGACAAAGGGAAACAGAAAUUAAGACAAAUGCAUACACACAGAUAUGGAGAACCAGAAGUUCAGGAAUCAGUUUUCUGGAAGAAUAUCAUUGCAUACCAGCAGAAGCUUCUUAAUUAUUUUGCACGAAACUUUUACAACAUGAGGAUGUUGGCGCUAUUUGUUGCUUUUGCCAUCAACUUCAUCCUUCUUUUCUAUAAGGUGUCCACAUCUGCUGUGACAGAAGAAAAGGAGCUUCCUUUGGUAUCUGAUGGUGAAAGUACCAAGUUGAACAUCCUGGAAAGCGAUGAUGAGAGGGUCAUUGCAGUGCACUAUGUCCUGGAAGAAAGCAGUGGCUACAUGGAGCCCACACUGAGGAUUUUGGCCAUCCUACACACAGUCAUCUCAUUCUUUUGCAUCAUAGGGUAUUACUGUUUGAAAGUUCCACUGGUUAUUUUUAAGAGAGAAAAGGAAGUGGCAAGGAAAUUGGAGUUUGAUGGGCUAUAUAUAACUGAGCAGCCAUCAGAGGAUGAUAUCAAGGGACAGUGGGAUAGACUUGUAAUCAACACACAGUCUUUUCCAAAUAACUAUUGGGACAAGUUUGUGAAAAGAAAGGUAAUGGAUAAAUAUGGUGAGUUCUAUGGCCGUGACAGGAUCAGUGAAUUACUAGGAAUGGACAAAGCUGCUCUUGAUUUUAGUGAUGCUCGAGAAAAGAAGAAACCAAAGAAGGAUAGCUCCUUUUCUGCUGUGCUAAAUUCCAUUGAUGUUAAGUAUCAGAUGUGGAAAUUAGGAGUUGUUUUCACUGACAAUUCUUUCCUUUACCUAGCGUGGUACAUGACCAUGUCAGUCCUUGGCCAUUACAACAAUUUUUUCUUUGCCGCUCAUCUCCUUGACAUUGCAAUGGGAUUCAAGACAUUACGAACUAUCCUGUCAUCAGUUACCCACAAUGGCAAACAGCUUGUCCUAACAGUGGGAUUACUGGCAGUAGUGGUAUACUUGUAUACAGUAGUGGCAUUCAAUUUUUUCCGCAAGUUCUACAACAAGAGUGAAGACGGUGACAUGCCAGACAUGAAAUGUGAUGAUAUGCUGACAUGCUACAUGUUUCAUAUGUACGUUGGAGUACGUGCAGGAGGAGGCAUUGGUGAUGAAAUAGAAGAUCCAGCAGGAGACGAAUAUGAAAUCUAUCGGAUUAUCUUUGACAUCACUUUCUUCUUCUUUGUGAUUGUCAUCCUGCUUGCAAUUAUCCAAGGUUUAAUUAUUGAUGCUUUUGGUGAGUUAAGAGAUCAGCAAGAGCAAGUUAAGGAAGACAUGGAGACAAAGUGCUUUAUCUGUGGAAUAGGAAAUGACUACUUUGAUACAGUGCCUCAUGGCUUUGAAACACACACACUACAGGAGCACAACUUGGCCAAUUAUUUGUUUUUUCUGAUGUAUCUUAUCAACAAAGAUGAAACCGAGCAUACAGGACAGGAAUCAUAUGUUUGGAAAAUGUAUCAAGAACGGUGCUGGGAAUUUUUCCCUGCUGGUGAUUGCUUCCGAAAACAGUAUGAAGACCAGCUCAACUAAGCAAAAAUGAGGAUUUCUGGACAUAAAUGUCCAUGUAUUUCCCAGCUCUUUUUGGAAUGUCUAAAAGAUUUCUUAAAUCCCCAAAGCUGUGUGCAUUUUGGAGCACCAAAGCUCUGUUUUUAAUGACCCAACUGCGCUUUUAUUUACUUGUGUAUUUGCUUUGAGACCACUGGAGUAAAGAACAAUGAAAAAUUACAGCAACUUUGGAACCAAACCAACCACUUGCACAGACAAAAGAUGUCCCUAUACAUAACAUGCACACACAAGUAGAGACUUGAGACAGCUUAUUUUUGAAACUGCCAGAUGAUACCCUUGUCUAAAAGAUCACACAUGGGGUGACAUGGUAGCAACACUCAUUUGGUCUGUUUAUUUCAUCAUCCUGGAAGGAACUAUAUAUAGUUCACAGAGCACCGUAAAAAGAUUGUUGUGGACACUUAAGUUGUGGGGAAAUAGUGCCUUACUAUAUGUGGGUUGAGCUAUGCAGAAGAUGAGUGCAUGAUGACAUAUUUUUUUUUUUUCUUUAUGUCUUCCCUUCCAAUUUAGUAUUUAUUUUGUGGUUUUGGUGGGUUUGGGAGGAAGGGAUUUGAUUGUGCACAUCUUUUUAACAAGACUGGAGUGUCUCAGGACAAGAUUAGGUUAUUCUCAUUGAGUUCAUUUCACAUUUACCUUCCUCUUUAGCUUUUUGCUCUUAUUUUGGUAAUGCUCUGAUACAACACUGCUACUUUAUGAAAUCUUUGUAUGAAUACAAGACAGCUGCAAAAAACACUUUAACAAGAAAUGUUUCAUUGCAUGUUUAUUAUGCAAGUUUAAAACAAUCAAAAAACAACCUUCAGAAACAAGUUGAUCAACAUGAAAAAACAUUCACAAUAAUUAUAUCCAUAGUAAUAAAGUGUUGUGGGCUUUAUUGUACAUCUGGAACAAGUGUCAUCAACCAACAAUAUGAAUAUAUGUUAUGAAUUUGACAAUAA